AAUCGCUGGAGAUUAUGAAACGAUAGCCCGAAAAGUUUAGUUUUUGAUGUUCACUGCCUGGUUUUUUUUUUAAAUCGAAAAUUAUAAAAUAAUUCAUUCUUUUGGCGAGGAGUAAUUUAACCAAGACACCAUGCAGGCUAAUUUAUGGAGUUUAAUGACGACAGUCAGGCCUGCAAGCAUUAAACGUGUCAUCAACCCAACAUUCUCAGUCUUGCAGCAGAGAAGGUACGCAAGUACGUUGGAUGCCGAUGUUGUGGUGAUUGGAGCUGGUCCUGGUGGUUAUGUAGCUGCUAUAAAAGCGGCCCAGUUGGGAAUGAAAACAGUAUGCGUUGAAAAAAACCCAACACUUGGUGGUACUUGUCUCAAUGUAGGAUGCAUUCCGUCUAAGUCACUUUUAAAUAAUUCUCACUAUUACCACAUGGCUCACAGUGGGGAUUUAGCUAAUAGAGGAGUCGAUGUUGGUGAAGUAAAACUUAAUCUGGACAAAUUGUUGGAGCAGAAAGAUAAUGUAGUAAAAGCAUUGACCGGAGGUAUCGCCGGGCUUUUUAAAAAAAAUAAAGUCGAGUGGGUGAAAGGUCAUGGUAAAAUAACUGGAAAGAAUCAAGUGUCUGCACUGGGUCCUGAUGGAUCAGUAGCCACGACGAUAAACACAAAAAAUAUACUAAUUGCUACUGGCAGUGAGGUGACACCAUUCGGUGGUCUGGAGAUUGAUGAAAAACAAAUUGUUUCAUCAACUGGUGCUUUGUCAUUGAACCCGGUACCUAAGCGGCUUAUAGUCAUCGGCGCUGGUGUCAUUGGCCUGGAGUUGGGAUCCGUAUGGCAACGAUUGGGAUCCGAAGUAACAGCCGUUGAAUUUAUGCCAUCGAUCGGUGGUGCUGGUAUUGAUGGAGAAGUGAGCAAAACGAUGCAAAAAGUUUUGGCCAAGCAGGGUUUGAAUUUCAAACUCAGUACCAAAGUUACUGGAGCUCAAAAAAGUGGAUCAGAAAUAAACGUUUCCAUUGAGGAUGCUAAAGAUCCCAGUAAAAAAGAAACGUUGGUUUGUGAUGUACUUUUAGUUUGCGUUGGCAGAAGGCCGUACACUCAGAAUUUAGGAUUAGAAGACAUGGGUAUUGAGAGGGACGAAAAAGGCAGAAUUCCCGUUAACAACAGAUUCCAGACAGUAGUUCCUAACAUUUUCGCUAUUGGCGACUGUAUCCACGGCCCAAUGUUGGCGCAUAAAGCUGAAGACGAAGGAAUUAUCACCGUCGAGGGUAUCGCUGGAGGCGCCGUACAUAUUGACUACAACUGCGUCCCAAGUGUCGUAUAUACACACCCUGAGGUAGCCUGGGUCGGAAAAACCGAGGAGGACCUAAAGAAAGAAGGCAUUGAAUUCAAAAUAGGAAAAUUUCCGUUCAUGGCCAACUCCAGAGCCAAGACGAACCUCGAGACCGAAGGUUUCGUCAAAGUAUUGGCUUGUGAGAAGACGGAUAAAAUUUUGGGAGUCCACAUGAUCGGGCCGGGUGCUGGUGAGCUCAUCAACGAAGCUGUCCUCGCUAUGGAAUACGGUGCCAGCGCCGAAGACGUAGCAAGAGUUUGCCACGCGCAUCCAACCUGUGCGGAAGCUCUCAGAGAAGCUCAUCUAGCCGCUUACUUCGGCAAACCCAUAAACUUUUAAUUAGUUCCUCAUCUACUUGUGAUGCAGCAAUUGGCAAGUUAAUUUUAGCUUGUGUCUAGUAGACCAAAAUAAAAAAUAUAAAAUAAAUAAAGACAAAUCAAAGAUGCUGCACUUAAUAAAUCAGCCAUUGCACCGUUUUUAUUAAAUAUUUGAGGAUUGUAAAUACUAAACUAAUUGAAAAAAUAUAUACGUAACAUCGUACCACUUAAGUGCGAGUAUUGUAUUUAUUAAUAAAUAAUAAAUUUAAAAAUUAUUUAAAACAUA